AUGGCGACCCAUAAUUACGAUGAACAUGAUCCUUACAACGACGGGUAUCACCGUGGCCAUCGAAUCGUACCCUUUCGCGUCUUAUCGCUCGGCAUGUCCAGGACGGCCACGGCGUCGACUCAAAGAGCGCUGGUGAUGCUUGGUUGUCAGUUUGGCCCCUUGGCACCACAAGGCCAGUGUGUCGAAGAGAAGCUGAUCGGGCCACCCUACUGCUCUGUCCAGUCUCGAACUGCUACCACGGCUACAGACCUUUGCGUCGACAGAAUGUCCCUCUAGCAAGCAACGACAUUGCGCGCUGGAUGCGAGCCUUUGAGCUGAAAUGGGGUGCGCAACCUGCGAGUGGCGCGUCAAGUCUGAAGCAAGUCUCGAGAAUCUUGCAAGACGUUUUACGAGGCCGACCAAUCUCCUGCAUCAACCUUCGACCUGGUCCGUCGCGCGGCAAAGCUUUGCUGCACGAUCGCAAAUUUUGGGAUGAUUUGCUUGGGGAUUGUCAAAGUGCUUGUGAUUUGCCAGUGAUUGCGUUUUGGAGGUGAGCGGAGCAGAUUUCUUGAGAGCAUGUGUGCCCAUCGGCUGCAUUGCAUUGACGAGGCAGAUCUUCACCAGAGAGAUUUGGGAAGCUUAUUCGGAUGAUCCAGAAGUGAGUCUUGGAAGGGCUCAGGCUCAUGGAGGAAAGAAAGGAUUUGAUUCCAAACAUGAUCUCAUCGCGGGGCCCGCCCCGCCCCGCCCCGCCCCGCCUCGUCACGCGUGCAUGCAGGUCAAAGUCGUCCUGAACAUCCGACCGAUCGAGAGCUGGUUCAAGAGCGUUCAAGUGCUCGGCAAAAUCUACGAGCCGAGUCUUUCCAAAAAGCUUCUUUGCUUUCUCGAUCCUCUGUUCUGCAUGCAAUUUGAAAUGGGUCGCAGACUUGCCGUCCACGUCUUUGGCUACGACGCCAACUUCAAGACGCUUUUCCGGAAUGACGGGUCCACCGAAAAAGUCUACGAGGCAAGUCGCACAAAAUUUCCGGAUUGA